AUGAAUGCCAAAAAAGACAACAAAUCUUCUGUCUCUGACUUUCUACUCCUUGAGUUCUCAUCAAUACGGGAACUGCAGAUUCUACACUUCUCUCUGUUCCUGGUAUUGUACCUGGCAAUUGUAUUAGGGAAUCUUCUCAUAAUAUCUGCAGUCACCUUUGACCAGAAACUUCACACUCCCAUGUAUUUCUUUCUGAUGAACUUGGCCAUCCAGGACCUAGGUGCUGUUUCAGUCACUAUUCCUAAUUCCAUGGCCAAUUCUCUCAUGAAUAACAGACACAUUUCUUCUGCGGGAUGUGCUGCUCAAGUCCUCUCACUUCUAUUCUUUCUAUCAUCUGAUAUUGCUCUCCUAACAGUCAUGGCAUACGAUCGAUAUGUCGCCAUUUGCAAUCCAUUACAAUAUGAAACGGUGAUGAAUAGGACAUUCUGCACUCAAAUGAUUGCUGGUGUGUGGGUCGCUGGCCUUCUCUAUGCAGUCAUGCACACUAGUGCAACUUUUGCAACUCCAUUCUGCUCAAAUAUUGUCAACCAGUUUUUCUGUGAGGUCCCAUCGUUACUUACAAUUGCAUGUUCUAAUUUAUACCUAAUAGAAAUUGGAGUUUUGGUGGUGAGUAUAAUCCUGCUGGCUGGCUGCUUUGCCUUCAUUGUCAUCACUUAUAUACACAUCUUCAUGGCCGUUCUGAAAAUUCCUUCUAUUCAGGGAAGGAAAAAGGCCUUCUCCACUUGCAUUCCCCACCUUGUGGUCUUCUCCAUAUUUUGUUUCACAGGAAGUUUUGCUUACUUCAGGCCUCCUUCUAAAACCCCAUCAUUUCUGGACAUUGUCUUAGCUGUGAUGUAUACCAUUGUACCACCCAUGUUCAAUCCAAUAAUCUACAGCAUGCGAAAUAAGGAGAUUAAAAAUUCUUUAUCAAAGCUGUUGGGUUUGAAGACCUCUUCUAUGAAUAUCUUUUCCAGGCUUAUUCUGAAAACAAGAAAUCUCUCUCUGUGA